GUAAACCAAAGUGUGUGUGAUGGAACAGCCGAAUCAUUCAAAGCAGCUGCUACUGCAGCUGAACCAGCAGCGAGCCAAAGGAUACCUGUGUGAUGUCAUCAUCGUGGUGGAGAACGCGCUGUUCCGCGCCCACAAGAACGUCCUGGCGGCUAGCAGUGUCUACUUCAAGUCGCUGGUCCCCCACGACAACCUCAUCAACCUGGACACAGAGAUGGUCAGCCCCUCCAUUUUCAGACAGGUGUUGGACUUCAUCUAUACGGGUUGUCUGUCCAGUUCCGACUCCGUCAGUGACCACAGUAUCUCGUCUCUCCUGAUCGCCGCCUCCUACCUCCAACUGACUGAACUGGCUGCUCUCUGUCGCAGGAAGCUCAAACACAACGGUCAGACCCCCUCCAGCUCCAACAAGAUGACCCCCUCCUCUUCCACCUCCCCAACCCCAAAUGGACACACCCCUGGCCCCCUCUGCCUCUCCUCCACCCCCCUCCACAACCACCAGCACCAUAACAACCACUCAGUGUCCAAGAAGGGGAUCCAGAGGAACCAGAGACCGAGCCAGGAGGGAAGGCUGAGAGAGGAUCUGUCCGAGAAGGUGUUUAUUUCAGACUCGCACUGUGCCUCCCUCAGCCCCUCUGGAGAAGGUAGGAGUAAUGGGCUGGGACUGGACCUGUCCAAAAGGAGUCCGUCAGAGAGCACUGCCACAGAGGAGGUGUCCCCCAGCAGUCUGCUCCAGAGCUCUUCCCCCAACUCCUCCUCUCUCUCCCCCACUCCCACUCCUCCCACAACGUCUAGUGCUAAGCCAGAGCCUCCAAAGACCUCCACAGACCUCCAGCCCAGAGCCCCUCGCAAGAGGCCCCGAGGUGAUAAAGUGACCCCAGAGCUGGAGGAUGGAGAGGUGGAUGGAGAGGAGAACGGUCUAGAUCAGAGUGAGGGGAGCGGGCACAGCGGCAGAGGAGGAGGAAGAAAAGGGAGGAGAAAUGGAAACACCAACUACAUAUACCGUCAGCCCCAGCCAGGGUUUGAGCCAGGUGUGGGGGACAACCUGUACGUCUGCAUCCCCUGUGGGAAAGGCUUCCCCAGCUCAGAACAGCUCAAUGCCCAUGUCGACACACACACCCACGACCAACUCUACCUGAAAGACGAGGAGGAGGAAGAGGAAGAGGAAUGUGGUGGAUACUUGAAGGACAAAGAUCCGGACACAUGCCCAGAUGACUCUGCAUCAAAGGGGAUGAAGCCUGACCCUGAAGAACCUGGGCAUCUCUGUACAGUCUGCAGUAAGAGCUGCAAGGACGCGACAUCACUACGGCAACACGAGAAGAGCCAUUGGCUGAACAGGCCAUUCCCCUGUAACAUCUGUGGCAAGCUGUUCACUCAGCGAGGCACCAUGACGCGCCACAUGAGGAGUCACCUGGGCCUCAAGCCCUUCGCCUGCGAGGAGUGCGGCAUGCGCUUCACACGACAGUACCGCCUCGCCGAGCACAUGCGGGUCCAUUCGGGGGAGAAGCCCUACGAGUGCCAGCUGUGUGGCGGAAAGUUCACCCAGCAACGCAACCUCCUUAGUCAUAUGAGGAUGCACACCUCGCCCUCAUAGAGGACACUUCACCAUGGUUACUGCAGCUGAACCACAGCUACCUGGGUUCUAUUAGGCUGUCUACCUCAUCUUCAGAUAUCUAUCUGGACCCUCUGUUAUCCAUAGUACCUCCUCACCCUUGUAAACACACCUGGCUUCUACCUCAUUUUCAGCUAACCAUCUGGAGCCUCGGUUACCUAUAGUACCUCAUCACCCUUGUAAACACACAUGGGUUCUACCUCAACUUCAGAAACUCACCUUGAAAUGAAUUACCUCACCUUUAUAACCACUCACCCCGAGUAACUUUACCAAUAUUUUCAACCUCUUAACAACUAUCGCUUAUACCCUCACCCUCGUAACAACUAUCACCCAUACCCUCAACUAGGGAUUCAUAUUUUCGCGAAAACCUACCAAGUUUUAAUACGGGCAAUAAUUUAUAUUUAUCCCAAGAGUCCCGGGAAAUACCGCAGAAAAAUGGAAGUGCCCAUUCUCAAGCCUUUAAAACCAAGAUAUGUCACUAUGCCUGGGUUCUCCCAAAAUAAGAUAUGUCACUAUGCCUGGGUUCUCCCAAAAUAAGAUUGUCGCUGUGCCACAAUGCCGGCUUGGCUGCGCCACUGUAAAGUUUUCACAGCAAGUGAAACUGAUAUUUAGUAAUGAUAGAGUAACUUUGAUCACCAAUGACAUUGUUGUGAAUUGCGAAACAGGCCGUUCAUGAAUUCCGAGCAUUAUCAUGUUACUCAGUUAAUUUAGCCCAGGACUACUGCUGAAAUAUAGACUAUAGUGUUGUCAAAUCAUACAAACUUUAACGGCAGUCAAACAAAAGUCAAAUGACUAAAGUUGCAACGCUUGUUAACCUCCAACGAAUGACAAAACAUCUCCUAUUUGGCUAAAUGCAGUUGAUGAUUAUACAGAUAGCAGAUCAGCUUGUUGAUAACUAGUAGUUGAAGAGAGGAAAUAGUUUAAAGAUCAAUGUAUCUUAACGGAGACCAUACUCUCUAACCUCGUACUGUCUGUUGAUCUCACAUUCUGUCCCGAUCCUCUCAUAUGGACAGAACUACGAAACAGCGCAGAGAAGCGGGGGAAUGUUCCAGGUAUUUUGACGUGCAUUGUUUUAUUUGUAUUUAUUGAACCUUUAUUUAACUAGUCAAGUCAGUUAAGAACAAAUUCUUAUUUCCAAUGACAGCCCACCCCGGCCAGACCCUGACCCGGAAGACGGUGGGCCAAUUGUGCGCCGCCCUAUGGAACUCCCAAUCACUGUGAUACAGCCUGGAAUCGAACAAGGGUAGUGACGACUCUAGCACUGAGAUGCAGUACCUUAGACCGAUGCGCCACUCAGGAGCAUAAGCAGACAUGCAUUGAUAGUGCAACCUAUGGAUUACAGAAUGAAGAUAGGAAUUUUAUUUUGAGACAAGAAUCAAGAUUUCUGGUUUCAGUGGGAUUAUUGGGACUAUAGGAAAAUAGCCUAGGCUCUAUAUAAGGCUACUACCUGAGUCAAUAGAUAAUACACUUGAAUUUGACUACAUUAUUCCAUUCUAAAUGUUUCUGAUCAGUGAUAAACGAAUAAAUUAACUACCACUUCUACUUGUCCAGCCAAGAUAAAUCAACCAAAUAUAUAGACAGAGAUUCAGUGAAACAAAAUCACAUUGAUUGAUUGACACAGGCUUUUUGUUGCGGUUAGGACAGGCUAGUGAAGAGCAAGCAGACUUGUAUAACAUGCUAGCAACAUUUUCUGAUCAGCUAAUAUAUGAGCAAACUAGAGUAAAGAUGAUCAUUAGCACUCACCUCAACUUGACUAACAUUUCCCCAGCCUACCAAAUAUCCUAACGGAGAUUCAGGGAAAACAAAAACCGGACAUUGAUUGAUUUAUCUAGACGAGUCCCCCACGCUUGUCUCGAAGCAGUGCGAUGGUGCUGUCUCAAUUAACACCGCUGAAAUGAUCAUGUAGGUGACCACACACGACUAUUGCUUUAAUUUAGUAUAACGGUUGGAUAUAACUUUGGCAGUUUCAGUGUAACCAAGAAUAUUUUCAUCAUUCAGUUGAUCAUAACUCAGGUGUUAUCCUCUCUCUGCGCUUUUCCUCGGCCCAAUGCCUGUUUCCUCGUCUCCUCACUCCUGUGCUUCCCACCUCCACCACGUUGUUCUCAACACCAGUUUAAAUCAAUAUAACCUACAGUUAUUUGGUCAUUUCCCGGGUCUUGUCACCAUUUGUUUUCGGGAAAUGUGACAAGUGGUCCAGGGACAGUCCCAGGAUCCCGGUUACCAGUGUUAAUCCGUACCCUCAACCUCUUAACAACUAUCAUCCAUACCCUCAUCCGCUUAACAACGAUCACCCUCAUCAUGGCAACCAUGAUUCCGUACCUCUAUUUGAGAACUGUUCCUCAUCUUACUAAUUAAUACCAACCAUUACUUCACCCUUAGAACCCAUCAUAAAUCCACAUUCAGCCAGCUGUUCUGGCUAUCUCAGGGUCAACACACCACACCUCUCCAUCUGACAUAAAACCAAAGACGCCUCCCUCCCCAUCCCAGGUGGCUCAAAUAUGUUUUGAUGAUAGCUUUUAGCAUCCAACCAAACUAGCCCUCCCAGGGUGUCAGUCCGUGCUGUCGUUCCUCCAGGAUUUUGUAGCUGUCUCUCGCUGGCCAAUGGGGGACCUCAUUGGCUCUCCUGCCUCAUUAUCAGACACAUACUGAACCCCAGGCAAAGUUGGCUAGCAGUCACUAAUAUUAUGUUCUCCAGCUAGAUAGGACAGGUGAGUCAGCCUAGCCAGUGUGCAUAUAAUAACAUAUCACCUUUACAUACACUGCCUGUUGGAAACGUGGCAUUAUUAGAAAAUGAUCAGGGGUGUUCUAACAGCAAUGUUUGCUUUAUUUGUAGUUCAUAGGUCAGACUUUGUAGUUUAACUUGGGUGUAAAAUGUUUGAGAACUUAGUUAUGCGUUUGUGAAUGUUUAGUCUGGGUAUUUCUACUUUAAGGGGUUUGGGUCAGGUAGGGGUGUUUCUUUUUAAUUUGAGGCAUCAUAUUCUGUUGGUACCGUUGUUUUGUCUGCAUUUUUAAAAGGCUGGUCUACUGCUACUAGCCCUGUCACACUGCUACCUCUUCACUCUUCAGAUUAACCAUUUAAUAAUACUCUCCCAGUAUCCCUGUAUUAAGUUUGCUUUUGGUUUUCAACAAGUUCCUCUCGUCUGUUAAUGCUGUGAGGGGAGAGUAUUGCCUCCUGGAUAAGUGUGUUACUGGUACUAGUGUAGGAGAUUGUAAGGUGAAAUCCAAAGAGAAAAUAAUUGCAAACUAACAACUAACAUUUUUCAAUGUCAGUGUAGUUUUAACGAUGCUAUUAUGUCCACUCCUAGUUCCACACAAACAGCCUUGUGGUAGAAAUGACUCAUGUUGAUUGGACCAACCUCACCUCAUUGCCUUACUUUGUCUUCACUAUGUCCUCAGGAGGACGACAUACGUGUCAUUUCUGAACAUCAAAGAAUGUGUUGUAAUUGCUUCGUUUUAGACUAGUAAGUACAUAGUUUUAAAAUUCUCUUUCCUACAUGUUUAUCACUUAAGUGUUGAAAAAAAGUCAUUUUUACUUCAGAAAAGUGUACAUAACUCAGGAACAUUGAUGUCAGGGUCUGGCGUCCAUAAAGUACAUAUCCACACUUAUGAGUUCCGUUAAACUGCAAAACUCUGCUUGUUUUGGUUCAGGCAUUUAGAAUGUCGACAGAUUAAAUGAAAGAGCAGAGUGAAAAGGAUAAACAUGUUUCAGCUGUGAGGGUGAUGACUCUAAACCAUAUCUUCAGGGAUGGUUCCUCACAUUUUAACUGAAGAACCCUCUGCUGUGUUGUCAAACUGUCUGUACUGUCAGAAAGCAAAAACACUAGUUUCCUAAGCAAGAGAUUUUUUAAAGGAGGUGGGUGGUGAUUAUCUUUCAAAUAACUUCUGGAUAAAAGGUAGAGGUGUUUUAAAAUAUAUUAUAAAAUAUUAGUUCUUGAAUGUUAUCAGCAUGCAUUGUAUAAAAGAUACAAGCUUGUUCCAAAUCAACAGACUAUUUUCUAAACCAAAGCACAUACUGAACGACUGACGGCUUGUGUGGCGUAAAGUGUGAGUGUGUGGGAGUGUGAUCUCAUUGUUUACAUAAACCGAACAGUCAGACCUCAGGCAAGGAAUCGUUUUUUCACGUCUAGAAACAAAGAAAAGAACCGCAUUAUGUUUAUUUGCAUGUAUUGUUGAGCCUGUAAACUUAAGUAUCCGCAUGUUAUGAAAAUAUGAUGAAGCCAUUUUUGAUAUCUUGUUUGUUGUUGAUUGUUUGUUGUGACCAACCAAAUGUUUUACGAAGGGGUAGAAACAACAUGUGAAAAGGGAGUAGGCUGUAAUAUCGAGUUAUUUAGUCUACAACUCAUUAUUUUUAAGAAUAGGAAAUAUUACCUCCGAGUACACCAGUCAGGGAUUUGGUCACAAACCCUUUAUCCAAUUACAUUAUUGUAUUUAUCUCUUACUGUCUCUUUCUCGUUAAGUAAGUUGUUGCAGUCACUUACAGACAGUGUAGUCUAUUGAUGAAUGUAUUUAUUAGAUUGAUCCUGUUUUAAACUGCUUUAUGAUAUCUCAGUGGAUGAUAGUCAGGGGCUUUAUUACUUUGUUACUGCUAAUACAGUUUAGAGAGAAAGUGUGUUAAAGGGUUAGUUAACCCCAAAUAGCUUGACAACCACUCUGUGUGAGAAAGUCAAUCUAUGAUCUAUUGGGUGAAAGGACCCUUUAAACAUGAUAUGGCUAUAAAUACGAUCAAGCUCCCAGCCCAAGACACUGGAGACAGUGGGAAUGUACUGCUCCUGUGGUAUAGGUGUUUUGUACCACUUUUACCUCAUCCAAAGCAUGUAGAACACAAAGAUGAAAUGUUUUUUAUUGUGCUACAUUGUUUCCUGUUUUUCUGAGAAUGUAAUCUGUGUUGUUGUUGUUGUCAUCUGUUCUAUAGGUGGUCUUAUCCAUUGGUAUGGGACCACUGACUCCUGGUACAGAUACAAUAUGUAUUGUAUUCUACAGAAAGCAUUGGUUUUGUCAAAGCAACUUCUGUUAAAAGCUGGUAUUGUUACUAUUACAGAGACACUUCUUGUUUAAUCUCUAUCUGAAAACCAAAGGUGUCUAUGGCAGCAUAAAUAUGUACAUAGUCACACGUGCCACUACUAAUCCAAACCAAGCCACUUAUGAACUAAACCAAAGGCAGUCUAAGGCAGCAGGUCUAUUCAUAUAAUUCCUAAGACUUUUGGGCAUGAAACCAUGUCAAAGCUGGCUUUAUGUAUUAAUUUACUCUGUCUUUGUACAACAAGCUUCUCUGUUCUACUAAAUAUUUGUUCAAUUAUAUAUAUUUUUCUCAGUCUUCAACAUGCUUUACCUAGAAACUCCAAAGUUCAAUUCCUCAGAGCUUUGUGUUCAGGAGUUUCUUGAUCCGUGUGGUUCUCGCUGCACCACCAUGUGAUUCAACACAAUGUCAUGAUUCAGAGUCCACUGGUUAACCUGCAGUCUCUUAAUGUACAGAUAUGAGUGUCAUCUUUAUAAAGAUCUUUUCAUUAAACUUGA